UCUCUCUGUCAGAUACCGUGCUUAUGUGGAAGUGCCCCGUGCCUGCUCUGCCGAUGCUGCCCCAGUGGAAACAACUCCACCAUAACGCGGCUGAUUUACGCGUUCUUUUUACUUCUUGGCGUGAGUGUCGCCUGCGUGAUGCUAAUACCAGGCAUGGAAGAACAGCUGAAGAAGAUUCCUGGAUUUUGUGAUGGAGGGAUGGGAACAACUAUUCCUGGCGUGCACGGCCACGUGAAUUGCGAUGUACUGGUUGGGUACAAAGCCGUGUACCGUGUGUGCUUUGGUAUGGCCAUGUUCUUCCUUCUCUUCUCCUUGCUGAUGAUCAAAGUGAAGAGUAGCAACGACCCAAGAGCAGCGGUGCACAAUGGAUUCUGGUUCUUCAAAUUUGCAACAGCACUUGCAAUUAGUGUUGGAGCUUUCUUCAUACCAGAGGGACCAUUUACAACUGUGUGGUUUUAUGUAGGUAUGGCUGGAGCAUUCUGCUUUAUUCUUAUUCAGCUGGUCUUGCUUAUUGACUUUGCCCACUCCUGGAAUGAAUCUUGGGUGGAAAAAAUGGAGGAAGGAAACUCAAGAUGUUGGUAUGCAGCUCUGCUGUCAGCUACAGCUGUCAAUUAUCUGCUGUCUCUAGUAGCUAUUGUCUUGUUUUACAUUUAUUACACUCAUCCAGAAGGUUGUUCUGAAAACAAGACUUUCAUCAGUAUUAAUAUGCUGCUGUGUAUUGGUGCUUCUGUAAUGUCAAUUCUGCCAAAGAUUCAGGAGUCUCAGCCACGAUCUGGUUUGCUGCAGUCUUCUGUGAUCACAAUUUACACCAUGUAUUUGACUUGGUCAGCUAUGACCAAUGAACCAGACAGGCGCUGUAACCCAAGUUUGCUCAGCAUCAUUGGUUACAACAGCACCACCGUUCCCACCCAGGGUCAGGUCGUUCAGUGGUGGGAUGCACAAGGAAUUGUAGGACUGGUUUUGUUUUUGCUGUGUGUUCUCUAUUCAAGCAUCCGAACAUCCAACAAUAGCCAAGUUAACAAGCUGAUGCUGACCAGUGAUGAAUCUACACUGAUAGAGGAUGGAAUGCCCAGGAGUGAUGGCUCCCUUGAUGAUGGAGAUGACGUUCACCGAGCCAUAGAUAAUGAGAGGGAUGGAGUUACUUACAGUUACUCCUUCUUUCAUUUCAUGCUUUUCCUGGCAUCGCUGUAUAUCAUGAUGACACUUACCAACUGGUACAGUCCGGAUUCUUCUUACGAGACAAUGACCAGCAAGUGGCCCUCUGUCUGGGUGAAGAUAUCUUCCAGCUGGAUCGGCAUCGUGCUGUACGUGUGGACUCUGGUUGCUCCGCUGGUUCUCACAAACCGUGACUUCGACUAAGCCGUGCUGCUCUCCAGGGCGGUUGUGCUAGCUGCACCUUGUCCUUGAAGCAAACAGUGUUCCAGAGAAUAGUGCAGUUGUAAAUAACGUGUGUGCUGUCCAUGUAGUAUCCCCUGAUUUAUUCUGCAUGGUUACCUUGAAUCAUGUCGUUUGUCACAUCACUAAAAUGACUUUUUCUAGCUGAGCUCAGUGACAAUUGCUAUGACGGUGGUUUUCAUAGGAUUACUCCUAGGCCGAGUGCUUUGGAAGCAUUAGCUGUAAGAUCAAGACCUUCUGGAAGUAGGGUUUUUUUUUCCCCCUCGAU